CAUGCCUACAUUUCCCAGCAUCCCCAAGAAGAUAUGUCAAAUGUCCUUUCACCUCACGAAACGCAUAUUUCAAGUUCUUGCUUCAUUGUGUUGAUGUCUCUUGCUUGUAGACGGUUUUGAGUAUCCGCGGGUAGGUUAUAGCAGGAACAAACCGGGCAACUAAUGCUUGCUAGUCUGUUUUGAAUCAAGGACGUCAAUAGCCAACUAAGGCUACUGCAAACUUUAUCCCUUUGCUGAUACAUGGUUGGGCGUGGAACUAUCCAGACAAUGUCAGCUUCAACAUUAUCGGCAGAACAUGACCAGCACACGCGGACAACCAGCCGUUCCAAGCCCGGCUUCCUGGAGCGUCUGAGUGAAACCGCAGGGGGAACAGUUCUUGGUGUUACACUGUUCGCGCUCUCUUUUUACGUCCUUUUCACCAAUGAGGGAAGGGCCCUGAGAACCGCUACCUCCCUGGAUGAGGGUCUCUCUCAGGUGGUGUCCCUGCACCUGUACUCCAGCCCACUGGACCAUAACAACAACCAUCUGGUUCACCUGACAGCCCCACUGCGCACCUUACAGCCCCUCCAUGACCCGAACUACAGAGUGGCGGUGCAGGCGGUGAAGCUGAAGAGACAGGUGGAGAUGUACCAAUGGGUGGAGUACAGCGAGAGCAGAGACUAUGACGAGGGUGGAGAGUCCAAGACUGAGACUACGUACAACUACAAUACAGAGUGGAAGGCAGAGCUUAUCAACAGCAGGAACUUUGAUAAAGAGAUUGGUCACAUCAACCCGAGUGCCAUGGCAGUGGAGAGUGUAACAGUGGUGACUCCUGAUGUUCAGGUUGGACCUUUCUCGCUCUCCAAAGGAUUGGUGGAUCAGAUUGAGAACUUCCAGACAUUGCGUCUGAAGGAUCUCCCCGCUCCUGACUCUGACUCCUUUCUCACGGUCGAUGAGGACUACUUCUACCACACCCAACACCCCCGCAGACCAGAGGUGGGAGACGUGCGUGUGAGCUUCUCCUAUGCUGGACUCAGUGGGGAGGGGAGCUACCCUGGGCCAGCCCAGACAGUCAGUGUUGUGGCCAUGCAGAGUGAUGACACCUUGAAGCCCUUUAGGACCAAGUCAGGAGACAUACUAGAGAUCAUCUACCUGGAGGAGCUCACUGCUGAGGAAGUGUUUGAGAGGGAGCAAAAGAACAAUGCUAUGCUGACCUGGGCUCUCAGGGCUGGAGGCUGGUUACUCAUGUUCCUCGGCAUUAGUCUGAUGAUCCGCAUCAUCCACACACUGGUGGAUUGGGUCCCUAUUCUUAGAGAGCUGAUCAGCUUGGGGCUGAAGCUCUUUGCCCUGUGUGUUUCCUGCUCCCUCUCCCUGCUCACCAUCUCCUCUGGCUGGAUCUUCUACCGCCCCCUAGUGGCUGUGGGGCUGAUUGCCAUGGCUGUGAUUCCGAUCGUCAUCGCCCGCUCUCGCGCCCCGGCCAAGAAACACCAAUGACGUUUUGAACUGAAUGACCCUUGUCAUCAGUGCUCCAAUCCUUGCAGAACAGUCAUUUGAGAGCCAUUGUCUUGUCACCUCACUUUACCGAACACACCCUUAAUGUGCCAUAUGCCAAUGACAGACCCCUCAGGAAUUUAGAUAAUGGGUAUAAUGUGGUCAUUCUAAUAAAAGUACAGAACAA